AUGUCUGCUACAGCCAAUCCUUUCUACGCACUCCUUCCGGGUUUGUCCCGGCAGCAGUAUCAGCAGCAGCAACAAGUUGCUGGAUUGCGCACGACAACUCGGUCGUCCAUUUCCGACAUCACGGGAGUCAACAACAGCUCACUGUACAACGACACGGUGCCAAUCACGGACAAGGGCCAAGUGAUGGACAAAGUGUACUGCAAAGUGGCAGACCGCUACGACACGGUACUUAACGUGCUGUCGCUUUUUAUGAACACCAUGUGGAAGCGCAGGUUUGUCCAGCGCAUGGCGCCUGCCCCAGGUGCUCGACUUUUGGAUGUUGCCGGGGGCACGUGCGAAAUUGCCAAGCAUUAUCUCGAAUACCAAGACUCGGUGAACCGCGACUCGGCGUCGUCAGUGCAUGUGGUGGACUUUAACGAGCAUAUGCUGAAGGCUGGUGAGGCACGGCUGGGCGGGACACCGUGGAUGCGUGAGGGUCGGGUGACAUUUGCUCAGGGUGAUGCUGAGGAUUUGGCGAAUGUGCCGGAUAACUCGGUGGAUAUCUAUAGCAUUUCAGCUGGAAUGCAUAACUUGGCACACCCGGAGCGCGCGCUGAGUGCUGCGUAUAGGGUGCUUAAGCCCGGAGGCCGCUUUGCUUGCCUUGAGUAUGGGCAUGUUGACACGCCGCUGUUUGGGUCGGUGUGCCGCUGGUAUCUUGCCAAGGCGGUUCCUAUGAUUAGCCAGCUUCUGUAUAAGGAUGGCAAGUCUUAUGAGAGGCUGGCAACCAGCGUGCUUAAUUUCCCGCACCAGGCCCAGUUUGUUGAGGCCAUACGCCGCGCUGGCUUCCACAUGCCUGGUCGUGGAUACGAGCUGUUCCAAUGCGGCAUGAUGGUCGCGUACAUUGGCACUAAACCUGUUGUCAAGAUAUAG